UAUAUAAAUUCGCUUCAAGCAUUCAUUCUCCUCCUUGUAAUCGAUUAAUAUACUGUAAGUAUUUACACAAUAAUAGUUCGGAGAAUAUUAGAAUAUUUAUUCGAAGUAUGGCGAAUCAAUCCAAAUCCCAUCCGAUUCUCUGUGCUUCUUUUAAUCAAGAUAACAGCUGCUUUGUAAUUGGAACGAGGGAUGGGUUCAAAAUCUUCGAUUGUGAUACUGGAAGACUCCUUUAUGAACGAGUUAUUGGGGCUUUUGUGAUUGCUGAAAUGCUAUACAGUUCAAAUCUUCUUGCCAUUGUUGGGGCCGGUGAACAGCCAUCUUUGUCACCACGGAGGUUAUGUUUGUUUAAUACCACGACUGGAACUGCUCUCCGAGAACUCAACUUUUUGACUUCCAUUCUUGCGGUUCGAAUAAAUAGGAAAAGGUUAAAUUUUCUCAACUUUUUGGUUAUAGACUUUGAGAAUUAGAGAGCUAUAAUAUCA